UGCCGUUUUUACCGCAGUGCAUCUGCAGCAUCCUCUGAUCUGAGCGACAGAGGUGCCGCUGUGGCGUAGGAAAAACACCGUUAUCUGACACAGGAGGACGUAUUAUAUACUUUUUUUUGGGAGGAGUGGCUGUUUGUAUGCGCCGGCGUGCGCUUACGCAGUUUUAUCUGCAAUGCCCGCACGAGCAAAGCAUCUCUAGGAGUGCGGGGUAAAUCGAUAGGUGAAAUAACAAGUAUUUCCACAUUCAGCUGUCAUCGCAGGAGAGGACUGUAUUCUUCUUUUGUCCGAGGAGACGACUCGACGACAGGAGGCCUCUAUUUCAGGACAGUAGGCUGUGAUUUCAGUGAUCCGUUAUAGGACAAUCAUAAGUUCAUCAUUAGAUUGCUCUGUAUUUAAUAUUGGUCGCGUGUAGCCUGUAAAAAGGUAGUCAUUUCUUAUCAAAGAGCAUGCACAUUAAUCGUUUAUGCACUGGCAUGUAAGUGCAUUGUAGACGGUCAGUCGGUAGCUUGCAUGUUGCACAUUAUAUAAACACACAUCUAUCAUUAUCUUUGUGUACUCUGCGCGUAAGAGAGCUGAGCAUGCGGCCCCAAGCUGAUCUAACGAUUGCUCUGUGCAUCUCACAUUGAGGCCUCAGAGAGAAAGAUAAUCAAAUAUCAGGGUGUUGAUCUGUGGAGCACUGUGAGUCACCAGAUAUCUGGAUUGUUUCAUAUGCUACUCGAUCAUUGAAAGCAGAAAAAUACCCUCCACUUGAAUACAUCAGGUGAAUAAAGAUACAUUACGGGGCUGUGUCAAAAGCAGCAAUCAUUUGUGGCAAUACAUUCUGCAACCACUAGGAAAAUGUUGCUAGUUUAAUUAAGGACUGUUAUCUUAAACACAUGUAUGUAUACAAGGAAAGCCUGUAGGCAGAUCCAUCUUGCACUUUAAGAUGCAUGUUUAGCUGCAACAGUAGCUGCCUGACCCAGAUGUGUCAACAUUAGUAUUUUGAGUUCCGUACAAGUCGUUGCUGUCAAAGUUAGUACUUUUUUGAGGCUCCUUAUCAAAUAAAGCAGCGACUCCAUCAUCCGGUGACAUGGCUGUAUCACACAUACUGAUCUUCUCUGUUCUCUGCAACAUGUUUGCUUUGUACCAUUGCCGUGGGGCCUGUGCAGAGGUGGCCUCAGACACAGAGGCAGUGGCGGGCUUGGGCUUCAAACUGGGCUGCAUCUCCUGCAAGAGGAGGACUGAGGUGGAUGCUACUGCUACUGUCGAAUGGCACUUCAAGGGGGACAGAGACCAAGACUUUGUUCAUAUCUACACCUACAACGAGGAAGGCGCCACCAUCGAAGACGAACACUUUGUUGAUCGUGUGGAUUGGAACGGAAGUAAGAGGAGCAACGACAUCCAGGACGCGUCGAUAUACCUGCUCAACGUCACCUUCAACGACUCGGGCACCUACAGCUGCUACUUCAAACGCAUCCUCUUCUACACUAACUAUGAGCACACCGCCACUAUCACCAAGGUGGUCCGCCUCACUGUGGUGCCUAAAGCAACCAGAGGAACGGCUUCCAUCGUGUCCGAGGUCAUGAUGUACGUGACCAUCAUUGGCCUGCAGGUCUGGCUCUUCAUAGAGAUGGUAUACUGCUACAAGAAAAUAUCAACAGCUGGGGAAGAAGCAUUACGAGAAGCAGCAAAUGCUGAAUAUUUAGCGAUAGCCUCGGAAAGUAAAGAUAACUGUGCAGGGGUGCAGGUCGGAGAAUAACCCAGGCUUCCUUCGUGGACUGAAAACAUCCUUCCACCCUCUGACCUGCAUGUAGACAAAAUGGGGGGGAAACUCCUCUUCAUCUCAAGCCUAUUCUUCCUCGUCCUUGACAUAAAUCAAACAUGGAUAUCACAGAGAGCAUGGUCAGCACUGUGUAUAGUAUGCUGCGCUGCAAAAGCAUGUCCUGCCCUGCACUUAUUUGAGAAAUUAUUACGCAUUAAUGAGCCACAUUGUCAAAUGCAUAUACUGUCCAUCCAGUAUUUCUUUAAGUAUAUGUAAUCAUUAUAUAAGUGGUACUAUGGGCAGUCUGUUGAACACAAUGAGGCUGAUUGCUUUAGAAAGCUUUUUACUAAAUCGUCACCACCUAAUGUAUAUUUAACGCGACACACAUGUAUGCUCAUUUAUAAAAGAUAGAAUGUGAUGGACGACGAUAGACUGUCUUUCCAGUUGCUGAUUGUACAUUCAAUGAAAUCUUAAGACACACUAAUAAACUUUCAAAAAGUA